AUGUCUGAACAAACUCCAUAUUAUCAUAAUACCAGGAAAACUUACUAUCAUUAUACCAAUCUUGAGGGAGCAGAAGGAAUCCAAGCAGCAGGUUGUAUUAACCCAUCUAAAACCACUGAUGGGAUUUUUGGACGAGGUGUGUACCUGAAUAGAAUGGCUCCCAACAACGACCCAGAAGAUGUAGCUAAGAAUAACUAUGAUCGCAACUGGCAACAACUUAAGGAUAGAGUUGGUGUAGCCAUAGAGAUGCAAUUGCCUGCUACUUUACCAAACCGACUUAACCUGACCGACCGAGAUGUUUAUUUUGUACCUAAAUCAAAGAUAUUAUUAACUGACACUAAACGUGUAGUGUUCCAUCAACUUAAAAUCCCUUGA